GUAUCCCAUUUCACCGGAAGUCGUUUGAAAAGUUGCAGAAAGUUUUGUACGUGGGAUGCUGCAAUCGGAAUUGUGAUGUUGAUAUACCCAAAGCUUAUAUUAAUGAUUGUACUUUGUUUAAAACAUUAAAUUUUAGAUUAUUAUUACUCUGUUGUAAGUUUUCGCUUUUCAGCGAAGCCGUUUAAAUUUUUUUCUUCAACUUUUUGAUAGAAAGUCCAAGAUAAAGUAGGAAAACAAAAGAAAAAGAAGAAUGAGGACCUCUUUAGCCGCUUAUGUACCAUUUUUGAUUACACUUGUUGAAAGUCUAAUGCAUGACCGUUUGACAAAUUAUGCACAGUAUUAUGAUCUGGGUAUGGACGCAUAUAGGCAGGAAAAAUGGCCAAAAUGUGCUGAAUUCUUCCAAAGAGCCAUUGACGAUUUUCAUUUCUUCAAGGAUACUGUGAUAGAUUGUCGACUAAAUUGUAAAAAAGGUCAACCAGAAUUUAAAGAGAUUUCCCAUCAAUUAAUUUUUCAUGAUAUUCUUGAAAGAUCUAAUUGUUUAAGAAGAUGUAAGAAGAAGAAACUAGGUGAUCGUGCGGAGGAGGAAAUUGAAAUGGUGUAUGACAAGAAGUUUGAAGAGAGGACUCCAUAUAAUUUCAUGCAGUUUUGUUAUUUUAAGGGAAAAAAGCUAACAGAAGCAGCGGCGGCAGCAUAUACAUAUUUCAUAACACAUCAAGAUGAUACCCGUAUACUAGAAAAUCUACAAUAUUACAGAACUUUACCAGAGCUAAAGGAAACAGAUUUUGUUGAUUUAGAAAGAAAAGAAUAUCAAAAACAAUAUGUUAAGGCUCUAAAUGCUUAUAACCAGGGUAAUUGGGACGAGGCUGCAGCAACAUUUGAGGAAUCACUUAGGUUGUAUUUCAUAGAAGAGGAGAAAUGCCGUGCAGGUUGUGAAAAGGGAUUCCGUCAUAACAGACUGCCGGAUUUUUUCAAUGCUAUUGGAGAUCAUUAUGUAGCAGUCUUGGUGUGUCAGCAAAAAUGCCUGAAGAAGCUAAGUACAUUUGGAAUGGAAGAGCUAGAGAAUUUUGUUCAGGAACAUUAUAAUUAUCUUCAAUAUGCAUACUAUGAAGCGAACAACUUGGAAAAAGCCUUUGAAUCAAUAGCCAAUUAUCUUCUAUUCAGGCCCUUUGAUGAUGAGAUGCUAGCUAAUAAAGACUAUUACAUCAGAACUUUACGUCAUAAAGAAACAGAAUUUGUACCAUCAGCGGCUGCGGCUAAAUAUGUUGAGCUAUGGAGGCAGAUUGAUGAAAGUAUAAGUUAUAUACGAGAAAAAUACACGUUACCCAGUGAUCAGAUUGCGGAGGAAAAUAUAGAAGAAUCAGGGAGUAAUUCUAAUGAUGUGGCUGAUUCAAGCACGGUAGAAGGGUCUGUAAAUCGUAGUGAGAAUGUAAAGGGGUUUGAGAAGAUCGGGGUUAAGUUGCUGCAAGAUUCUAAACAACUGAAUGGGCAGGACCGAUUUCUGGCUGAUGGAUUUAUCAGAGAGGACCAGUGCGAGGCUUUAGCAGAUCUUGCUAGGAGAAAAGAAUUUGACAAGUUUGGAUACAGAGAGGUGACUGUCUCGGAAGUAAUUGAGCUCAUCAAGGUAGAUAAAGGCUAUGAAAUUUCAUUGCGUUUAUUGCUCAGAGCGGCUGAGGUGAUGAAGAUAUAUACAUCAACAUAUUUCAGCCAAUCAGAACUGCUGUUACAUGAUGUCAAACUCAACUGUAGGUCAGCUGGUGCAGAUUUAGACUAUUCCUUACCAAGCGACUGUGUACUACAAGAAAAUGGAGACUGUAAAAUGUCACAGGUUAAUAAUGCUGAUGAUUAUAUAAUUGUUGCAUAUCUAACAGACAUGGUGGAUAGUACUGGACAGUUUUAUUUUACCGAUGAGAACGGUGAAGUUCAGGCCAGUAUUCAACCUCUUUGUGGACUUAUGGUAGGCUUCUCAGCCGCUGAUAUGCACAGAGUAAACGUCCCCUGGAAACACGAGAGGUGUGCCAUAGUUCUCUCCCUUACCAAAGAUGAAUCAUUGAAAAAUUCAGAUGUUGAAAAGGCGAAAGAGACGUUGUUAGAUCUAGAGGAAAGACGUGUAGCAGAGUUCAUUGAUGCUGACAAUUCAGAUAUACUCAAGGAAUUCAGUGAUCAAGGAGUAAAGAUUACACAGAGAGGCGAAGAUCUGUUGGGAAAGGAAAGAUUUGUUGCCGAUGGGCUAGUUACCGAGGAAGAAUGCCAAACUCUGAUACAGCUUGCUAGACGUGAAGGUGUUUCGGGGGACGGUUACAGUGGACGUGUCUCCCCCCAUACUCAUCAUGAGAUUUACACUGGUCUUGAUGUAGCCAGGGGUGAACAGAAAGGUGUAACCAAGGGAGACGGCUACCAUGACAACCGGUCCACCAGUAAAUUUGUCUCCCCUUAUACCCAAUCAGAAAGCUUUGAAGGGCUCAAUAUAAGUAAAAGUCUUCAGUUAGUUAAAGAAAGAACAGUGUUACCAGAGACGUUACAUUUAUUUCUCGAUGCCAGCGAACAUUCGAGACUUCUUGUAGAAAAGUACCUGAACUUGACACGACCACUGUACUUUGAUUACACGCACCUUGUCUGCAGAACGGCAGUUGACGGUGACACUGAUGACAGGGAGGCUGAUCUGAGUCACCCAGUGCAUUCUGACAACUGUAUGAUACAGCCAGAUGGUUCCUGUAUUCCUGAUGCCUUUGCAUAUGUACAGAGACAUUACAGUGGAGUUUUAUAUCUGAAUGACAACUUUGAAGGGGGACAAUUCUUCUUUGCUCACACAAACAAAUCUGAGCAGAUAUCAGUGAAACCUCAAUGUGGAAGAUUUGUGGCCUUCAACGCUGGUGAUUAUCACGGUGUAAAAGCUGUAGUGAAGGGGCAGAGAUGUGCCAUAGCCAUGUGGUUUACUCACGAUCCAAAUUUUGUUGAAGUUUCUAGGUUACAUGCUCAUCGUUCAUUAGAAAUUUUAACAAAGUUAAAAAAGAAAACAGACGAUCAAUUGACAGAAGAUGUGACAAAUGUUGAUAUUGAAAGUGAAAUUAUUGACGUAACAACUGAUUUAGAAAGUUCAUUAGAUGAAAACCAUGAUGAAUUGUGAUUUUGAAGAGUUUAUUGGAUUGAAAAUUCUAUUAAUUAAUCGUAGGAAACAGUUCUUAAAAGAAAUCAAAAUUAUCAUACAGUUCUUUUAGAGGGAAUCUGUGAUGAAUUAUGAUUGGGACAGUUUAUUGAAAUGAAAAUUAUAUUGAAUUAUCGUCAGAGAUAGUUCUUUAGAUGGUAUCCAUGAUUAACUAUUAUUGAGUUUAUUGAAUCAAAAGUAAAGCCAUUUCAGCCAAAUACUGCUUCUGCAUAGCUAAAAAUAUUUUUGUAAAAUAUGACUAAUAUGAUUAUAUGAAUUGUUUAUAUGAAUUAAUUAUAUAGAUAACUGUGAUAUAUCCAUUUAUCCAGCCAUAAAAAGUAUGCUUAAAGCAUUAUUAUUUUUACUAUGCAUUUCUAGCUUGACUAUUUGAAGAAUAGGGAGAUUUUUUUUGAACGACCGGCAUGCAUCAGCAUAACACUUUGGUUAAGUUUUUUUGCAUUGAUGUUGGAAUCUCCAAAACUACUGAAACGAAUGGUAUGAAACUUCAUAAACUCAUUUGAUAGCACAAUAGCAGGUCAAUGUCCAAAGUCCAUAACAUUAAUGUUGAUUAAGAUAGAAUUAUGGCUCUUUUUAGUCCCCUACCGGUUUACCGGAGGGGACUUUAGGUUUACCCUCCGUCCGUCUGUCUGUCCGUCUGUCUGUCUGUCAGUCCGUCCGUACACAAAACUGGAUCCAGCGAUAACUUGAAAAGUACUGAAAAUAUUUUUAUGAAACUUGAUAUAUGGAUAGAUGGCAGUAUGGAGAUUAUGCACGUCUUUUUCUUUUCUUCCUAUGUUGAAAAUUAUGGUUGCUAUGGCAACACAUAGACUGAAAAUAUGGCAAAUUUUACACAUAAACUGAAUCCAGAGAUAACUCAAAAAGUACUGGAAAUAUUUUUAUGAAACUUGACAUAUGGGUAGAUGGCAGUCUUGAGAUUAUGCAUGUCUCAUCUGUUCUUCCUAUUUUGAAAAAAAUAUUGGUUGCCUUGGCAACAAAUAGGCUUAAAACAUGGCAAAUAUAAAGAUAUUUGUGAUUAGUCAAAGAGAGCUGAAAUUUUUUAUGAAAUUGCAUCUUUAAUUCAAGAGUUAUCUCCUCUUUAAGAAUUUUGCUUUUAAAAAUGUUACAUUUUGGUAACAGGGAUGUUUCAAAUGUCUGUCUGUUCAUAAAAACUGUUUCCUGUGAUCACUUUUAAAGAACUUUUCCAACAAAUUUACUUAAAAUAGAGAAAAAUUGAAACAUUAGUGAAUGGCCAAUGGCCCUUCAGAAUGUUGAUGGGGUUCUAACCGGUAGGGGACUUAUGGAUUGCUUGCAAUACUAUGAUAAUUGCUUGUUGAAAUUAUGCACUAUCCAGGCUCUUGUAUUACUAUCAGUUAAAUAUUCUGUCCUACUGACAGCUCUUGUUUUCUAGUGUCUUAAAAAUAAUAAUAUGCUUGCACAGUAUGUCAUGUUAACCUUUUAGUUCAUUAUUUAGCUCUACUGAGCUUCAUUUAAGUGUUUUCCUACUUUAUUAAAAAGAUAAUUUUGUCACUUUGUUGUUAGCCUAUAUUAUACUGUAUUUUAAUAAUGUUAUUUUUUUUUCAUAAAAGAGAAAUGCUUGUGUCAAGGGCUGUAACUCUUGUUUUGUAUUUUAUCUUAAUGAUUUAUUUUUCUACUUUUGUAUUGGAAAAUUGUUAAUUAAUUAAAAUGUUAUAACAUAGGAGGCUACAUUUUGCCAAAAUAAUGUGACCUGCUAUGUUUUUUUAUCACAUUGUUUAACUAUACAUGUUUAGCUAUUGUACAUUGAUUAACUAUACAUAUUUGACUAUUGUACAUUGAUAAACAAUAUAUGUUUAACUAUUAUACAUGUGCAUGCUCAGGCUUGUUUUCCUUUUUAUACCCCCAAAAACGAAGUUUGGGGGGGGGGGUAUAAAGGAGUCAACCGGUGGUCGGUCGGGCGGUCGGUCGGUCGGUCCAGACGUCCGUUGCAUUUUCCUUGUCCGGAGCAUAACUUGAAAACUAAUGGUUGGAAUUCUAUAUAACUACAUACAAUGGUCAAGCACAUUGAGAGGAAGUGCAGUGCACAAGAACCAUAACUCUAUCUUGACUAAUUACAGAGUUAUUGCCCUUUGUAACUUUUCCUUGUCCGGGGCAUAACUUGAAAACUACUGGUUGGAAUUCAAAACAACUUCAUACAAUUGGCAAACACAAUAAGGGGAAGUGCAGUACACAAGAACCAUAACUCUAUCUAAAGUAAUUACAGAGUUAUUGCCCUUUGUUGCUUUUCCAUUGCUUUUUUUUGUCCGGACCAUAACUUAAAGACUAAUAGUUUGAAUUCAAUAUAACUACAUACAAAGGUCAAGCACAUUGAGAGGAAGUGCAGUGCACAAGAACAAUAACUCUAUCUUGACUAAUUACAGAGUUAUUGCCCUUUGUUACUUUUCCUUGUCAAGGGCAUAACUUGAAAACUACUGGUUGGAAUUCAAAACAACUUCAUACAAUUGUCAAACACAAUAAGGGGAAGUGCAGUGCACAAGAACCAUAAUUCUAUCUAAAGUAAUUACAGAGUUAUUGCCCUUUAAUGCUUUUCCAUUGCUGUUUUUGUCCGGACCAUAACUUGAAGACUAAUGGUUGGAAUUCAAUAUUACUUCAUACAAUGGUCAAGCAUAUUGAGAGGAAGUGCAGUGUAUAAGAACCAUAACUUUAUCUUGACUAAUUACAGAGUUAUUGCCCUUUGUUACUUUUCCUUGUCUGGGGCAUAAUUUGAAAACAACUGGUUGGAAUUCAAAACAACUUCAUAAAAUUGUCAAACACAAUAAAGGGAAGUGCAGUGCACAAGAACCAUAACCUUAUCUAAAGUAAUUACAGAGUUAUUGCCCUUUGUUACUUUUCCAUUGAUUUUUUUGUCCGGACCAUAACUUAAGACUAAUGGUUGGAAUUCAAUAUAACUAAAUACAAUGGUCAAGCACAUUGAGAGGAAGUGCAGUGCAUAAGAACCAUAACUUUAUCUUGACUAAUUACAGAGUUAUUGCCCUUUGUUACUUUUCUUGUCCGGGCAUAACUUGAAAAAUACUGGUUGGAAUUCAAAACAACUUAAUACAAUUGUCAAACAGAAUUAGGGGAAGUGCAGUGCACAAGAACCAUAACUCUAUCUAAAGUAAUUACAGAGUUAUUGCCCUUUGUUACUUUUCCAUUGCCUUUUUUUGUC